CAAAUUAAAGUUAUUUAUCUGUUGAAACUGUCUAGCUGUGACUACACCUGUCUGUUAACUGAAGAAACCAUCAACAGAAUUCAUCUGUGCCCACUUAGCCAGAUGACAGGCGGCAAUGGACGACGGAUGCAGCUUAGACGUUUACAACUGCAGCAAGCCAUGCUCAGACAAGUGCGGGGCGCCGGAAGAACAAGACAGAUCCACCAGCGACUUGCCAGAUAAAUACCUGAAAAGUGCAGUCACCCCGAGUGCUCAGUACGGCAUCAAUGUAUUUGCCCUGGGCUUGGUGCUGACGGUGGCAGAGGCGUCGCAGAAAGCCGGUGUGACACAGGAACACACCUUAGCCUACCUCAGCACCCUCAUGGCGAUGCAGCUGGCGUGGAUGCUCUGGUACUUCAUAAGGCGGCAUGAAAAGGGAGGGCCGACCAUCGAUAAAGAUGACCACGCCGGGCCCGGAUGGCUGAGAGGUGGUUUAACCUUGUUUGCCAUCUUGAGUUUAGUUCUGGAUAUGUUGAAAAUUGGAUACUACAUUGGAUAUUCAAGUUGUCUAACAGACGCCAAUGGUGCCUUUCCUGUCGUUCAUGCAGUACACACAAUCUCACAGGUAUAUUUCCUUUGGUUUCAUGCAAAGGAUGUCAUUCAAACUUUUCAAAUUAUUGAAAGGUUUGGAAUGAUUCAUGCUGUCUUUACAAAUCUCUUACUGUGGGUGAAUGGCACAGUUGCCGAAUCUAAACAUCAGCUGGAUGAUCACAAAAAACGAUUGGCAACAUUUGGAGUUGUCAAUAUAUCUGUGGAAAAGACAGCACCAGAGUGUAACUGUACUACCAAUGCAUGUGCUGUUUUCUACAGAGGUUUCUAUUACAUGUAUCCUUUCAGCAUUGAAUACCACAUAUUUGCAUCUGCCAUGCUUUAUGUCAUGUGGAAGAAUGUCGGGCGGAAGAUAGAAGAGCAUAGACCACGCAAACUUAUUUUUAAGAGACAAUACAAGAUAUUACCAGGACCAGUUCUGGGAGCUAUUGUAUUAGCAGCCACCAUCGGAAUUCUCAUUGUGUACAACAUCCAGGUGGGCCAUUCAGAAGCUCAGCGCAAGUCUGCUGUCACUAUGUUUUAUUUGUAUAGUAUUACGGUGCUAAGUUUGAUGUCCGCGGCAACCACAAGUGGCCUAGUGAUUUACAGAAUAGACAAGCGAUCGGUGGAUAAUUCCCCUAACCCCACAAGGAAGCUGGAUGGCUCCCUCCUGGUCAGCACAGCCUGUGCCUCCUGGCUCCUGUCUUGGUGCUCUGUGAUAGCAGGAAUUGCAGCAGAAACGCGCCCGGAUCACACAUGGUUGAAUCUACCCUUCUCUUUGUUAACAAUCAUCGAGAAAUACCUCCAGAAUAUGUUCAUAAUCGAAUCCCUUCACCGUGAAAGUGAAAAGUCCGAAGAGCAAGUGGAAAAGACCCGAGGGAUCUUCACCGUUUCGGCUUCUGAGAAUCACAGGGAGCGAGCUGCGGUCGGUGGUGACAGGGGCAAUGCAGCCAGGGGCUUGUGGCGACCUGCGAGAGACAGCGACUGGCAGCCUGUCCCCUCUCUGCCACCGAGGGGCAGCGAAACACACACGUGGGACAAAAAAAGCCUAUUGCUGAAGAACAUCGCAGCCUUUCUCUUCCUGUGCAAUAUUUCGUUCUGGAUACUUCCAGCCUUUGGAACUCGCCCCCAGUUUGACAAUGGUCUUGAAGAAAAUGUUUAUGGCUUUGAAACAUGGAUUCUAAUUGUAAACCUUGCAAUGCCUUUUGCUAUUUUCUAUCGUAUGCAUGCUUCUGCAUCACUCUUUGAGGUGUUCUGUUUGACAUAGACACUAUGUGCACUAAUAAAAUUUGUUUACUAUGUAUGGAUAACUGCAUGGGGAAAAAUAAGCUACAUUAGUGCACUUGAAUUUCUUGUAUCAAAUCAUGGAAUAGGCACCAUCUAAAAGUUCAUAAUUUAAAUUUUGUAAUGUCUACAGGAGUAAUAUUUUGUAUUAAAUAUUGCUGUUAUAAAUCAAUUCUUCAAAAUUAAUCAUUAGGUUUCCUGUAAGAUCUGAAUUAAGCCUGUAAUACUGUGAAUCCAUUAAGAAAUAAAUUGUUAUGUUCUAAUUUGUAAACACUCAUCAUUUUGGGAUGCUGCACAACUUUGCCCCAGUUAAUGCCACCAUUGCACAGUAGUAAUCCUUUUCAAAUGCAAAAUUUGAUUUGUAUGCAAGCUAUAAUUGUAGUUCAUUUCACAAUGGAAAUAGAAACUGACUUGAGUUGCAUGUCAUGGUAAAUUUUAGGAAAUAUUGUGAUACAUUAAAAAUAUAGCUUCAUGGCAAUUAAUAUUUGCACUGUUAAAUUGUCAUCAGAAAUUCUAUCUAUUGUACUGAACAUUGUACUGAGAUUUUAAAUUAUUUUAGCAUAUGCACUGUAUUUGUGAAAGAUUUCUAUUGAUGUAAAAAUUAACAUUAAUAAAUUAUUGUGAUUAAGUUUGUGGUUUCAAUGCACAAGUUAUCAAGGUGCAGGAAUUACAUUAAAAUGCAACUAAAUGGAAAAGUUACAAAUACACUAUUAAAUGAUACGAAUGCAGGAACAG